UAUCUGCAGGCACGUGCUGCUUCAGCAAUGCUGAAUUUCAGUGAGAAUUGCACUCCGGAUAUUUUAACACCGUAUUUGGAUGGAGUGGUGAGCAAAUUGCUAGUACUUCUGCAGAAUGGAAAACAAAUGGUACAAGAGGGUGCCUUGACUGCUUUGGCAUCUGUUGCUGAUUCAUCUCAGGAUCAUUUUCAAAAAUAUUAUGAUGCAGUUAUGCCUUACCUGAAAGCUAUCUUGGUGAAUGCCACUGACAAGUCCAAUCGCAUGCUUCAUGCCAAAUCGAUGGAGUGUAUUAAUUUGGUUGGAAUGGCAGUUGGAAAAGAGAAAUUCAGGGAAGAUGCUAAGCAAGUCAUGGAAGUGCUGAUGGCUUUGCAAGGAUCUCACAUGGAGACGGAUGAUCCAACUACAAGUUACAUGUUACAAGCCUGGGCUAGACUCUGCAAGUGCCUAGGACAAGAUUUCCUCCCACACAUGAGUGUGCUAAUGCCUCCUUUGCUUCAAUCUGCUCAACUUAAGCCAGAUGUUACUAUCACAUCUGCAGAUGACGAAAAUGAUAUUGAUGACUCUGAUGAUGAUAGUAUGGAAACAAUUACUCUUGGGGAUAAAAGGAUUGGAAUCAAGAUUAGUGUCUUGGAGGAAAAAGCUACAGCUUGCAAUAUGCUGUGUUGCUAUGCUGAUGGGCUGAAAGAAGGAUUCUUUCCCUGGAUUGAUCAGGUUGCCCCAACUUUGGUUCCACUUCUUAAGUUUUAUUUCCAUGAAGAAGUUAGGAAGGCAGCUGUUUCAGACAUCUGGACCACUUUUAGAUGAAAGCCAGGUGAGAUCCAUCGUGGAGGAGAUAAAGCAGGUGAUCACUGCCAGUUCUAGUAGAAAAAGAGAGAGAGCAGAAAGGACCAAAGCAGAAGACUUUGAUGCCUGAGGAACAGGAGCUGAUUAAAGAGGAAAAUGAACAAGAGGAAGAAGUUUUUGAUCAAGUUGUUUUUGUGGGCGCGCGCCUGAGGUUCGGGAGUGUUGUUGGUCGACAAAUUCUUGUUGCAUUUCUGGUCUCCUUGUGUUUUAAUGUAUUCUAUGCCUACUUUUUAUAUUGUGUGAAUCUGUUGACUAGAGGUUGAGAGGUUGAUUCUUUCAUUGUGUUGGCAAUUUUGAUCGCAAAAGGCAAUAAAUUUGGCCAUGCUUUUUACAAUGGUA